UAGUAUGAGAGUGACAGAUAUGCAGUGUCUGUGGGAAGUAUUUAGGCAAGUCAGGCCCAGACAGUGUGCGUAUGGCAGCAAUGGGUGUGCAUGCAGUAGGUCAGGAAUUGGCAACUGCAGUCACGCCGAGAUUUUUAAGAGAAAGCACCAGUAGUAUUGUACGUAGGGAUGGCUCAGGCCUUUCAGCAGCGGUCACUUACUAGCGAGUCUUCCCCGGUCACUGACACACAAGCCAAAGAAACAGCUGGAUCCAGCGACACUGCUUCCUGUGUGUAUUUAGCUGGGACAGGCGUUCCUCGCUGAUUUCUUGAAAGGACUACCUGUCUACAAUGAGAGUAAUUUCAGUAGAUUCCAUGCAGACUCUGUGUGUAAAGCCUCAACGGCCAUCAGUAUACCUCCCCACAAGAGAAUACCCCUCUGACCAAAUCAUAGUAACAGAGAAAACAAAUAUACUUCUGCGUUAUCUACACCAGCAAUGGGACAAAAAGAAUGCUGCAAAGAAAAGAGAUCAAGACCAAUUAGAAAUUGGAGAGACGUCGGCUCCCCCACGAAAGAUUGCCAGGACAGACAGCCAAGAAAUGAGUGAGGACACAUAGGCGCCUUUUGCAAACCUUCCUUUAUCACCUCUUGUCCCACUCCACCGUGUCCCUCCCUUUGUACACAGGAUGGUUCUCCGAUGUGUCGGGAGCAACACAGCCUUUCCUCGCCCUCCAACCUUGCCUUCCCUUUCUCUUAUGGUCCAUAGGAGCCAAAAUUGUAUUUAUUUCUUCCAGAUUUUAUUUAUGCUGCGCUGCAAACCGUUCAAAGAGAGGAUAGUGUUAAAACGUGAAUAAACUUUUUUUUUUGGGUUAACUUUUUUUUUGGUCUCCCCCAAGUUGCUGUUGAGUUUGGCGUGUACAGGUUUAUUUGCCCCACUGGUUAGAGGAGGAAACUCUAGGUUAGAUCAGACAAACCUGCUUUUUGCAUCUCUUGUAGUCAAUGAGAAUAUGUGUAUAUACUUUUUUUUUUUUUAUUUUUUGCAUAAAACACCUGUGCACAGCUAUUUUAUUUUCCCUUGUCACCCGUUGGUACUGGCUUUCCAGUCAGUGGGUGUUUCUUUGCAGAAAAGGCAUAUUCACUGUGUUCCACUGUUACUAGAGCUGAUGGCCAUAGCAUUGGGAAUAGAGUGGCUUGUAGGAGUCCAUGCAUUCAGCAUAUGAAGAUUUACUGCUGUGCCAUAAAUAGGCUGCCUCGUAUCCCAGAGGUGACUCCAUCACUACAUACUAUAAUCAAUAUGUUAGGCUGGUAUUAAGUGUAGUCAACGUCACAAUUCUAUAUUUAGGGAACCUGUCUUGUCAGCUAACAAAAAACAAAAAAGCACCUGUAUCCAAGUGUGCAAGCAACAAAUGACUGUUAUACGUGAUGUUUAAACAAUGCCGGCGUUUGUUGCGCUGAUGGUUUCCAACACCAGAAUGUGAGGUCGGACCAUGUCAUCUUUGCUCUGUCGCUGGCCAAAUUUAGAUUAAUAAAUUUUUUUUUGUACAAUUAAAUUUGCCUUUGUUAUUACUAUAACAUUUUUGGGGGACAGAUGUUUUAAAUGUAUAUUAUUUCAUUAAACACUUUAAAAUCA